GGUGGAUUUUACUCCGACACUGAAGCUUUCGCUAGUGACAGCUGCUUGAGAUGCCCCAAUGGAACUUUUGUUCACUUUAAUAAUGCACCUGGAGUUCGAAAAUCUGAUUGCAUCGCGUGCCCACAAGGUAUAUGGCAUUCAUUAAUACUAGCCAUUAUUAAGUGGUAAGAAGCGCAGGUUCAGUGAGCAUGGGGGUCACCGGCAAACCUAAUUAUCGUAUGGAUAGCAACGUAACUUCAAUGAUUUUAGCGGUUGUUUAGGUAGGACUGUGAAGUCCCAGGUUAGGUUAGGCAACUCUUGUGGGCGGAGUAACUUUCGUAUCCGGGUCAUCAAUUGGCAAUUUUCGAGCUACCCCAAGCCUUCUCUUCAAAACUUGCGUUGGGUUGUUUGCGAAUCCUUUUUUCGAAAAUUAGAAAUACCGUUCUGGCAUCCCCCUCCGAAACUCAGCAUUGACAGCGCCACUUAGGAACGAAAGAUAGAGUGACCGGCCGCGAAUAACAUCUCCCAUCAUUUUCAUCGUUUCUUCUUCUUUCUUUUUCCCUUUCUUUGUUUCAUUGUCCUGUUGUAUAACUAAAUGUCUUAAGUAUUGCAAAACCAAUCCUUUGGCUCGCUUCACGAUAAAUAGUUUUCUAAUCUCAUUUUACUCAAAUGCGAAAUUGGUACUAGGACUCAUAGAGAAUGAGAUUUCUGGAACUUGAAAAGGCCGGUAUACGAAGCUACUCUGUCACCUAAAUCCUCCCCUCGCGUCAUUUAUAUUUUUUCUCGAUAAUGUUUACAUGGAUAGGCAGCCGCAGAGUGUAUCUAACAUCUUCUUGACGGAAUGUUGUUAAAAUGAUUUAGAUCAUUAAAAUAGUAUUGUGGAAAGGCUCUUGCCAGCAAAUUAUAAUGAUAUCCAAGUUCAUACUUCAAUUAUUCUUUAAUUAUUCUCGUGCUAUUUGCGAUAGGGACAGACACAAACGAAUUCGCAGGAUAUCGCGCCUGUAAAUGCUUGAACAACUUCUACCGUACUCAUUUAUUUGAAGACUGCAAGCCAUGCGAUCAACCUGGGUUACAGUGUGUGCAUGAUUUUGCUACUCUACGAAGUGGAUACUGGUGGAAGUGGAGAAAUGAAACAGACAAAAUGAUUUACAAAACAUUUACUGAGGGUCUAAAGAACGCCGGUGUUACUCCUGUUGUGCGCACAAAAAAUGUCGCGUCUGAAGGGUCUUAUAUACCCAUACAGUCUUCCUCAACCACAAAAAUGUCCGAGAGAAAAAUCGUGCAUAGGAGGUUUAGUAUCCUUAUGCGCCGUUGGUUUCGAAGGCCCCUUGUGUGAAAUUUGCAGUAAAGGAUUCCAUAAACAGCUUAAGUCGUGUAAUAAAUACCCAACGAAGAAAUGGAUGAUCGGACAACUUUCAGUCCUGGCAACAGUCAUUUUAGUAAUAAUUGUUAUUGUGGUUUGGACAAGCAGGAAAAAAGGCAAGAAAAACGAAGAGCGUUCCUCAGUAGAUAUCAUUCUUGGGAGGCUAAAGAUAGCCAUAGGUUUUUAUCAAGUAACGUCGGGAGUUCUUGAAGCAUUCUCGUACAUCAAAUGGCCAGGUUCGCUCACUCAAAUUGGAGAAUACUCCCAAGUGCUGCAAGGAAACGUCUUUCAGAUUGCUCCAAUCCAGUGUCUUUUUGAAAAUCUCAAAGUUAAUGCAUUUGGAAGUUUGUACGCUAUAUUAGCUUUGAAUGCUACUGCAAUAAUUGUGGCAGCUGCUGUUUAUGGAAUCAAGAAGCUAACUUUAAUGCGAAACACUCUUAGCGGAGAGGUGAAAGUCAAGGAAAUGUCCCAAACGAAAGAGGUGAUCUACAGAAAUCUGUUUUUCUUCCUUCAUGUGACUUACCUGAGCACCUGUUUGAAAACAGCAAACGUUCUUCCCUCGCUUGCCACACGAUCUGCUUCGACGAAGAAGACGAAGCUUGCGAAAAGUUCCUUAAAGCGGACUACAGCAUCGACUGCACAAGCUCGGGAUUCAACCGUUCGGUGUUCGUUGCAUACUGCACUGUGGCGUACAUUGUGUUUCUACCAACAUCAUUUCUUAUAA